GGCGUUCAUUGUUUGGCUGGCAAAUGGCGAGACUGUGCGUGUCUAUAAAAUGACUAAGAAGGAUGACGGCAGCUUCACCUUCACUGCAACUUCUGGAGACUUCCCAAAGAAGCACAAGGCUCCUGUCAUUAACAUAGGAAUUGCAGAGACAGGAAAGUUUAUCAUGACAGCUUCCAGUGACACUACCAUCCUAAUCUGGAGCCCGAAGGGGGAAGUCCUGGCCAGCAUUAACACCAACCAAAUGAACAAUGCCUACGCCACAGUGUCGCCCUGCGGAAGGUUUGUGGCGUCCUGUGGCUUUACCCCUGAUGUGAAGGUGUGGGAGGUGUGUUUUGGCAAGAACGGAGACUUCCGGGAGGUGGCCAGGGCUUUUGAGCUGAAAGGCCACACUGCUGGUGUACAUUCCUUCUCCUUUUCUAAUGACUCGAGGAGGAUGGCGACCGUUUCCAAGGACGGGACGUGGAAGUUCUGGGACACAGACGUGGAAUAUAAGAAGCAACAGGAUCCAUACCU